GGAGGGUGGCGAGAGGCGCCCGGGUGUGAUGCCAGCGUCAUGGUGGGGAUGCUGGCUUCCCGGCGGUGACGGCGAGGGAGCGCCGGGGCGGAGGACGCGCGGACUCGGGUCCUCUGCGGUGUGGGCUCGGGUCUCGUCCCGCCCCUCUCUCGCUCCCCCUGCGUUUUGGUCUGGGUCUGCCUGUUCCACGUCUCUCGACUCCGUCCUCUCCCCGCCACUGGACGCCUUCCCGUCUCUAAAUGGAAUUAGUGGAGCUCGGAGCCUCUGGUGUAACGCACAGACAUGAUCUAUGGACGCAGCGUGUUCCACAUUGUAGCAAGUUUAAUCAUCCUCCAUUCGUCUGGGGCAACCAAGAAAGGGACAGAAAAGCAAACCACCUCAGAAACCCAGAAGUCGGUGCAGUGUGGAACUUGGACAAAACAUGCGGAGGGAGGUGUGUUCACCUCUCCCAACUACCCCAGCAAGUACCCCCCCGACCGGGAGUGCAUCUACAUCAUAGAAGCGGCCCCGAGACAGUGCAUUGAACUUCACUUUGACGAAAAGUACUCGAUUGAACCAUCUUGGGAAUGUAAAUUUGAUCAUAUUGAAGUUCGCGAUGGACCUUUUGGGUUUUCGCCAAUAAUUGGACGUUUUUGUGGACAACAAAACCCACCUACAAUAAAAUCCAGUGGAAGAUUUCUAUGGAUUAAAUUUUUUGCCGAUGGAGAGCUGGAAUCGAUGGGAUUUUCAGCUCGAUACAACUUCACACCCGAUCCUGACUUUAAGGACCUUGGCGUUUUGAAACCAUUACCAGCGUGUGAGUUUGAGACGGGCGGCCCUGAAGGAAUUGUGGAGUCUGUGCAGAUUGUGAAGGAGGGCAAAGCUUCCGCUGGCGAGGCCGUUGAUUGCAAGUGGUACAUCCGGGCGCCUCCGCGAUCCAAGAUCUACUUGCGGUUCUUGGACUACGAGAUGCAGAACUCCAACGAGUGCAAGAGGAACUUCGUGGCCGUGUACGACGGCAGCAGCGCGGUGCAGGACCUGAAGGCCAAGUUCUGCAGCACGGUGGCCAACGACGUCAUGCUGCGCACGGGCCUGGGCGUGAUCCGCCUGUGGGCCGACGAGGGCAGCCGCAACAGCCGCUUCCAGAUGCUCUUCACGUCCUUUCAAGAACCCCCCUGUGAGGGCAGCACCUUCUUCUGCCACAGCAACAUGUGCAUCAACAGCUCCCUGGUCUGCAACGGCCUCCAGAACUGUGUGUAUCCUUGGGACGAGAACCACUGCAAAGAGAAGAGGAAAGCCAGCCUGCUGGACCAGCUGACCAACACCAGUGGGACUGUCAUUGGCGUGACUUCCUGCAUUGUCAUCAUCCUCAUUAUCAUUUCUGUCAUUGUGCAGAUCAAACAGCCUCGUAAAAAGUAUGUGCACAGGAAGUCAGACUUUGACCAGACAGUUUUCCAGGAGGUGUUUGAGUCCCCUCAUUACGAGCUGUGCACUCUCAGAGGGGCAGGGGCCACGGCAGACUUUGCCGACGUGGCCGACGACUUCGACAACUACCACAAACUGCGGAGGUCCUCAUCCAAGUGCGUCUACGACCACCACUGUGGAUCCCAGCUGUCCAGCGCCAAAGGCAGCCGCAGCAACCUCAGCACAAGAGACGCGUCUGUCCUGGCCGAGCUGCCCGCCCCGCCCGCCAAGCCCCUGGCCCCGCCCGCCAGCCGCAGGAACAUCCUGGUCAUGAAACACAGCUACCCCACGGACGCCGCGGACGCGUGCGACAUCGACGAGAUCGAGGAGGUGCCCACCACGAGCCACCGGCUGGCGCGCCACGAGAACGCCGUGCAGCGGUUCUGCCUCAUUGGGUCUCUAAGCAAACAUGAAUCUGAAUACAACACAACUAGGGUCUAGAGAGAAAGCGCAAGAGAAGAACUGUUUAUACAAACAUGGGGACUGUGCAAAGGAAAUUCUGUCUGUAGUGAAUUGUGAAAAGUGGACGUAUUUCUAAAUCCAUUCCACUGCCUUUAUCCAAACUUAAGAAUUCCAGACAUUUGUUAUUCCUUCAGCAAGACGCCCCCGCGCUGCACAGUGACGUGUCCAUUUCGUAAUUGGGUUGCUGGCCACCAAGUGCUCCUUAGUAUUUAAACAUGUUUGAGAUGCACCGGAAACUUGAAGAAGCAGCUAGCUCCCGACUCAGACCUCCCCAGCUCUCUCUUUCCUCUCCCUUCCGCUUCGUUUCCGUGUCGCUGCGCGUCUCUGUGCGAUGACUGUGCCUUGUGUGACUUGUGAACGAACCCGCCUGGGGUCGAGCUCUGUGUUACCUGUGCGUUGUUUCCAUUGUGUAGACGGCCGGGGCGCAGUGCGUUCCUGCGGGACUUGGAGCACGCUCCCGGGAAACGUGGAAACGUGGAAACACAGACCGUGGCCACGCCCGCCGGAGGCCUUGCGGACUGACCGGAACGUCUGUUGUGUUACGGUUCGAUGCAGCCAAAAGUCACGAGUACAGUUACUAGAUGGCAAUAAGAAAAAUCUCAUGCUUUGGUCUUUUUUUUUCUGUACCCCCAAAUUCCUUUUUUAAAAAAAAAUAUCAAAGGAAAAUACCCAGUUUCAGAAAUCGGUUUUGAAACCGGGCAUUCUACCAUUCGCACCCUUCGGUAACGAUGUGUUUUGAUGAAGCACCUAGCAAUACGACGGAACCGGCAGUUACAGAAAACACCCUGCAUGUCAGCUCUGGAUAUUGCGGUUGGAAAGACACGCUCUCUCUCCCGGGCACAUUGUAAAAAGCAUGCAUUCUCCAGUACUGCUGUCUCUUCCAUUUCUUUGUGCCAUCUGCUUGCUACCUGUCACUUUUUUAUAUACAGAAGAUAUAUAAAAAUGUAUAAUAAUUUCCUACCUGGAGUUAAGAGAAAUGUUUUCUUUUAUCAGAAUGAUGAAAAACGGACGUACCCACUUUCUAUCGACUCCCCCCACGCCGUAGGCUGCCGGGGGCCCGUCCCCGCGGUGGCUUGCGCCCCCUGUGUUCUACGGGCGCGGGUUCCUUUUAGAAGAGGGAAGUCUUUUUUAAAUGCUUUAAAAAACGUCAGGCCAUUUUAUGACCCAAAUUAUACCAUUCUGAGUUGUUUUUAUACUAAGGCACACAUAUGAUGGGAUGUGUUUAAAUGUAAAUAAAAUAAAAUCAUAUCAUACACGCAGUUGCUGUUGCGUCAUAUGCAUGCUCGGUCAGGUUUGAAUUAGUGACUGGGCGCUUUCGCAAUAUGGAACGUGCAUCCUCAGAAAGUCAGUUCUAACAGCCAGAAUUACUCUAAAUCUGCCUACAAACAUGUCUCAAACCCCCGAGUCCUACAGAAUUCUGUCCCGCGGACAGCGAAGCAGACAGUUUGUCACAGGCCAGACCCGGCACCUCCAGCAGACCGCACC